AUGGCAGAGAAGUCAGAUGAUGCCAGAGAUCCCACCGGGGCUGGGGUAGGGCAACAGCAGGACCGCCGAUCAAAGCGCUUCCGCUUCAAGUCCAAGAACAACGAUCAGGAUCGGACGGACACGGAGUCGAAGCGCAAACGGCGAAAGGACGAAGACACAUCAAACAGACACACGAAGCGACGGAGGUCCUCCCGCCAGCGGCAGAGUGAGGAACGUUUUCGCCCCGACCGUCUUUCUCCCGACCGAGCGUUUCGAGAAUCUCUCUUUGAUGCACUUGGAGAUGACGAAGGGGCAACCUUCUGGGAAGGCAUCUACGGGCAGCCAAUACACAAUUAUCCAAACACCUACGAAGAUCCGGAAACCGGCGAACUGGAGCGUAUGACAGACGAAGAAUAUGCGCAGUUUGUCCGGCGGAAGAUGUGGGAGAAAAGCUGGGAGGGUCUAGAAGCUGCAAAGGAAGAGAAGAGGAGAGAGCGAGAAAAGGAAAGGCAGAGAAUACGUGACGAGGAGAAAAUCCGGGCAGCAAACAGCCAGGCGCAACACGAUAGCUAUACCUUUGAUGCGCAAAUCGACGCCAGCCUCCGACGUGGGGAGAACAGAAAGGACCGCAAACGAUGGCAGAGCUUAUGGCAAGAUUAUUUGCGCCGAUGGCAAGAACUACGAGACCUGGCUGAGACCCGGCAGAGAUCCACGGAGGAUGCAGAACAGGUCUUCCUGCGGAACAAAAUCGCAUGGCCUGUUGAGUCGGGUAAGCGUAAAGAUGUGGUCCGCGACAACAUUGAGCGGUUCAUCAAAAAGGGCACGGCAGCCUUUAGAGACGAUGAGCAGAUGGGGGAUCCAUUUUCAACCGCUGUUAAGGCGGAGCGUGUCAGAUGGCACCCUGACAAAAUUCAACAGCGGUACGGGUUUCUGGAGAUUGACGAGAAUACUUUGAAGGGAGUCACCGCCGUCUUCCAGAGUUUGGAUGCGAUAUGGAAUGAUAUACGGAACAAGGCAGGCUGA